AUGUCCCUGCCGCAGAAGGACAGCGAUUGGUCGCGGCUGAUAGGCUUCCGAGGGCAGGAAGAGAAAGAUGAAGCUGCUCCUGAGGCCACCAAACCGCCUGUCGCUGAGUUCGGCGUUGGCAUCCUGCUGGAUAAGCUCACCAUGAAAGUAACAGGGUGCAUUCCUGGCCUAGCUGCAGACAGGAGUGGAAUGAUCCUGCCUGGAGAUGAGAUUGUGAAGAUCAAUGGCAAAGAGAUGUUCUAUUGGGACGACCCGCUGGAAGGAUUUGAGAAUUUAGGUUUUCUAGGAAAGGAAGGCACUUUGGUGCGUGUUGAUGUCAAAAGACUAGAAAAUCCGGGAACUCCUAUUCAGCGAUACAGAUGGUUUGCAAUUGAGCUGAUGCGGGGAACAUGUGAAUACUUGGAUCUCUACAACAAAUGUCGAACUUUGGAGUUUCGCAAUUCGCAGCUAGAACGUCCGGAGAAGGAGGUGAAUGUGAACGUCGACCAUGUCGACCGGUCGGACUCUCUUGAGCUUCGAGAAGAAAUAGAACGGUUGACCCGGCAGUUGGAGUUGAUGCAGAAGAAAUCUACUGAAGAUGACGCUGAAAUCGAAGAUUUAAAGCGGCAAAACAAGAAGCUGUCAUCGGAAACUGAAAGAGCUUAUGGCGAAAUGAAAUCUUUGAAAGACAUGAUUGAAAAAUUGCGAGCACUUCUGUUGGAAAAUGACAAGGCUGCCGAGAUUGAAAGACUCAAGCUUGAGCUAAAGAAAACUCAACAAGAACUGGAAACAACCCGAUACAAUUUUGAGCAAGCCCACAAGGCUCGAAUCCAGUUGGAGGCAAAACUCACUUGA